AUGGCGCGUUUCACUCCGUGCUCCGUGGCACCUUUUACCCUUCAAGUGCCUCUCUCCUGCCAUCUUCAUCCCAUACAAGCACGAGACCACCUCAAGCCAAAACCCCAACAACAGCUCUUUUCGUGGAUAAUAAUACUCCGCAUACCUGGUUAUCAACGGCAUACCGUGCUAGCGACUCAGCAAGCACUGUCGUCCGGAUCUGUCCAAGCUGCCGCGUCAAGUGAGCAUCUCGUACUGUGCCAGUGGCCGAGGCCCCAGAAGACUGCCUGCAAGGUCGUCUAA